CGCACAAAGCCACGCGGAACUAAUCGCGCAGAGCAACAGCAGUCCGCUGGCCGACCGCACUGUGCGUGACUGCCAUACAGGCUUUCUAGUCAAAGACAAGACGUCAUUCUAUAACUGAACACUACAAUUAUACGAGAGCCUUGCUUAGCUGACUUGCAGACAAGUAGUACGCUCUGUAUUGCAAUAGCAUGGCGCCACCGCCGCCAACAUCUCCUCUACCACCUUUCUUGGCUCGCUGUUUUGGCUUUCUGGGCUUGGUAGACGAAACCAAGGCGCCAAAGAGCGCUCCGCCCGCGAAGGCCCCACCACCUCCCCCAAAGAAGCCCGACACGGAAUGGCGCGACAUCGCUCUUGUACAGCAGUAUAACCUCAAAAAGCAGCUCGGGAAGGGCGGCUUCAGUGAGGUGUGGCUGAGCGAGCACAAGGAGACGGGCGACACGGUGGCAAUCAAGGUGGUGCAACUGGCGCACGCAGACCUGGAGCCCGAGGAGAUUGCGACGCUGAUCGCGGAGGCGAAGUUUCUGCGCACCCUGGACUGCCCCUACAUCCUAAAGUGCUACGACACCACACACACGAGCGACUGGCUCAUCCUGACGCUCGAGUACCUGACAGGGGGUGAGGUCUUCGAGCACAUUCACAAGGUGAAGAAGUACACGGAGGUGGAUGCCGCCAAGCUCUUCGCGCAGGUGGUGUCGGCCAUCUCCUACCUGCACAACCUCAACUUGAUGCACCGGGACAUCAAGCCCGAGAACAUCAUGUUCACACAUCCGGUGGAGGCCUUCCAGGCCGAGGGCAAGCCGCUGCGAGUGAAAGUCAUUGACUUCGGCAUGUGCGCACAGUACAACGCAGACAAGCCUAUCAUAGGCUGCGUCGGCACGCCCGGCUUCGUGCCACCAGAGGUCUGGAACGACAAGCCGCACUCCUUCGCGAUGGACGUUUAUGCGCUCGGCAUCGUGCUCUUCGUCAUGCUAACAGGCCGCAAGCCGUUUGCGGGUCAGGACAUUCGCAAGAUGACCUACUGCAACAAGCGCUUUGUCGACGCGCCAGGGCUGCAAGACGAGCGUUAUCUGGCGCUGUCGGCUGACGCCAAGGACCUGUUGCUGAAGAUGCUGGCGGAUGACCCCAAGGCCCGGCCCACUUGCAUGGAGGUGCUGAAACACCCCUUCAUGACGGCGGAUGAGUCUAAUGCGGCGGCGCACCGCGAGAUGGGCGAUCUGGUCCGCAACCGCAUGCGGGACCUCGCAAAGAUCAGGCGGCUGCACGGGCUGCGCUACGCCAUGCACGCUCAGCGGCGGGAGGGCACCAGCACCGCGGACUUCCUGCAGGAGCUGGACAAGAAGCGCAAGAUGAACCUGGCACGGUGUCGCGACAGCGUCAACACCUCCAUGGAUGUCGGCACCACGACACCGAUGUCCGGCGACGGCUCCACGGCGACCAGCGGCGCGGCGAGCUCUGUGCCGCCAACACUGCGGCGGUCGUCCCUGUGGAACAGCUACGGCGACGACGACGGCAGCGGCCCCACGCUGGGAGGCGCUGGCGGCGGCGGUGGCGCAUACGCGCGUCCCAGUGUGGACGGCGUCGGAGGAGCGGGCGGAUCCAAGAAGCCCGGCCCCGGCGCGGACAAGCUGGCGCUGAUGGCGGCCCUGCCCGACAUGGAGCGCGCCACCACCAUGCCCGCGCGCCGCUUCAAGGAACAGCCCAAGGGCCUGUCGCCCGUGCCCUCCUGCGAGCCGUCCACGUACGCGGCUAUUGAGGACGCGGCGCUGCCCCAGGGCUGGUCGGCCUACCCCAUCGGCUAUGAGGCUCUCGAGCACAAGGACAUGUUGCUGGAGGGGCUGGGGCCAGGCACGGCCGCGCCCACGCACUUCAACGUGCCCGUGCCGGCUCUGGGUGCGCCGCCGCCGGGCAAUGGCGCGACGGGCGCAGGAGUGGGAGCGGGUGUAGGGCCGCGAGGCAGCGGUGGCGGAGGGACAGCGGUGCAGGGCGGCAGCCCCACCGGCCGCCGGGGCCCGCUGCUGCCGCCGGCGGUAGAGGAGGAGGGGUUGGAGGCGGCGGCCUCAGGCUGAGGUGGGGAGCGUGUGCACACAAGGCAUAGGUCUUGAUGGAGCUGGACCUGCUGAAGCCAAUAAAUCCGGGUGCCCGGCGCUGGGGUUCGUUGGUAUUGGUUUGUUGGUGCAAUUAUGACGGGUAUACACACACAUAUGGUCCGGCGGAGUUCACAGUCGAUGGUGGGUGGCGGCUUGCUACUGCACUCAAAUGCUUAACGCAUAAUAUGUUCAUGGGGUAUGCAUUCAUGUGACUGGUAUUGCACCAGGGGCUUGUGGUGCUGUGUGUCGGGCCGUUUUGAAGCUGCAACCGGAAAUGUCCGGAUCUCAAGCUGCUUGGGCGGGUGUUCGGCCCCGCCACAGGAGGCCUCAGGCGGCAGACGUGGUUUAGGCUCAGCCCACUCCGCCGAUACUUACGGGAACAACCAGUGGCACUUGUGGCGGGAGGUGACACAUCGAUUAUAUAAACAAGGCAAAAGCGGCCAAAGCCUCAAGUCUUCUGGACAGGUGUCGGCAUGGGUGCACGUCAUGACCUUCGCAACACAUGUGAGCUGCGCGGCAUUUCUUUACUUGAGGGACCCGGUGCGAGUACUAUUGUAUUACAACGGCUGUUUGUUAUUGCACAUGAAGAGAGAGUGUGUGUGUGUGCGUGCCCUAAAAGAUUGCAAUGUGUGUAUGUGUGUGCGUGUGCGGGCGCGGGCGCGUGGGGGGGAGUGUAGAGGCGCGCACGAGUAGGGCUAUAGCAGCAACCGACACCGCAGAGUUGUGGGCAAGAUGCGCUGGCGUUGAAGUGAGGCGGUCAAUCAAUGGAAGCGAGCCUGCCGUUUGGUCCAAUCCCUGUGGCUCCAUUCCGCCAUUCGUGCCGGAGGCAGGACCGGCUGUGUCAACG